AUGAAUGCUCAGCGUCAGGUGGUCGAAAAUGAGGUUUUCCAUUUGCUCAGGUUGGCGGCCCGGUCUUUCUAUCCACAUCAAUGUGUGCUAAUAUUAGAGGCACUUAUGUUCCACUCUGUUCUUUACGAGGAGGACCUCUUAAAGCUCACGUGUAUGCACAAAAAGGUUUUCCGAUCGUUCUGUAAUCGGUUGUUGGAUGAUAGGCUGAUAACGUCUUAUACGCAGAAGGAAGAAACAAGUGGACCGGCCGGUCAAUACAGAUGGCUUUCUAGAGCAUACUACUAUAUACAUUAUUUGGAAGCCAUCGAUUCCAUCAAGUGGAAGGUCCAUUGCUUGGUGAAGUUUGUGAAGGAUGAGAUUGGACAGUUCAAUGAUCCACAAGGUUACGUCUGUCCAACAUGCCAUGCCAAGUACUCAUUGCUUGAUGUUCCAUCCCUUUUAAGUGAGGAUAAAAUGAGAUUCGAGUGUUCUGUGUGUGGCGAUACCCUUGUGGAAGAUGAUACCGAUUUAGAGGCACAGAAGGGACAAGAAAAGCUAGAGCGUUUGAUGGCUCAGCUAGAACCAAUUAUUGAAUCUUUGAAGAAGAUAGAUACCAUGAAAGUUGAUGAUAACAACUUUGAGACUGCCCUCAUCAAAGCUGUCCCACCAUCAUCGAAUUCCAUUGCCGCAUACACAGUUACAAACAGAACUGGCCGUCGGAAGAAGGCUGGUAACGAUGGAACAUCUGCCGCUGCAAGGAGGUCACAGGCCACGAUUCAUGUUUCGAUUACCGCUGAUGAUGAGGACAUAAAGAGGGAGAGAAUGCAGAGAGAGAAGAGGAACGAGAAGCUCAGGCAGAACGCACUGCCUUCUUGGCAUAGAGAGAGUGCUGUUGGAGGGGGUAGUCUGGGUGUUUUACAUGAUGAACCGAUUCCUACUGAACAGCAGCAGGAUUCAGCUAAUGUUCAAGUUAAGAUAGAAGGUGAAUCUGAAGACUCUACCAAAGUUAAACAGGAAUCGGGUGUUACAAAGCCCAAAGUCGAGCCAGGAUUCGAACAUGCGGAAAGUCCAGUCAAGCAAGAGGAUGAAAAUACAAAUAAAGAAGAAUUGUCACAACCAUCGCCAUCCGUAUCCCAGGAGAACUCUAAAAUUCUUAACAGUUCUGAUGAGGAGGAUAACACAAGUGGAAACAACACUGCAGUUGAGAUCAAGGGGGAGGAGCCACCAAGUACUGGAUUAUCGAUGGAAUCAGAUGUGCUUGCAAAAGUUAAAGAUGAAACAAAGGAAAAGAGCGACAAGCAACCUUCCUCAGGCAGUGCUACUACCGAGGAAUUAAAUGCAUUGACAGCAUACUAUGCACAGCUUAGACAGAGACAAGCCGAAGAGGAGGAAGAGGAAGAAGAUGAAGAGGAGGAAGAGGAAGAUGGUGAUGGUGAGAACGAUGAAGAUGAUGUAGACGAGUUUGAAGCAUUUGAAGAGGCUGAUGAAGAAGACGGUAAGAAUGAUGAAAAUUCAUCUGAUGAAGAGAAAAAUAAAAACUCACCUGAGAAGCAACAUACUGAUGAUAUUUCAGAUGAAGAUAAUGAGAAAACUGGUGAACAAAUGAAUCCUGAUAACCAAUCAGAGGAGAAACACGAUGCAACGAAGGACUCGGAUCAGGAUAUGGACGAUGAAGAUAUUGAUGAUGCGAUAUUUGAGGAAAUGGAGGAAAUGAGUGAUGCUGAAUGA